AUGUCGAACUCCGGAGCUGGUUCAGUGGUGCCAACCUGUUUCAAGUGCAGCAUCAAGGGUCAUAAGUCGUCCAACUGUCCUGGCAUGGACACUGGUGUGCCAAAACCUAGGACGCUCGGUGGGCUGGAGCCCCACCGAGAGUGA